AAAGACUGAGUACUUACGUGCACAAAGCGAUAAGUGUUUACUUUUCUUGUCGUUUGACGAAAAUUUUCAAAUUUAAUGAAAUGGGGAAAAUUGGCCUACAGCUGAAAGCGACGUUAGAGAACAUCACUGACUUGGAAGCCUACGACCAAGACUUUAGGUGGUAUUUAAAACUGAAAUGCAUGAAUUGUGGUGAGCAGUCAGAGAAAUGGCAGUAUAUAACUCUUACUGAAAAAGUUCCAUUAAAGGGAGGGCGAGGUGAAGCAAAUUUCGUCAGUAAGUGCAAAUUGUGCGCGCGAGAAAAUUCUGUUGAAAUUUUACCGGACUCGUUGAAAAAGUAUGCGGCAGAUGAUAGCGAAACAUUUAAGACUAUUGUUGUGUUUGAUUGCCGAGGAUUAGAUCCAACGGAUUUUUCACCUCGCGGUGGAUUUCGAGCUGUUGGUGAAACUUCUGGCACUGAAUUUGAUGAAGUUAAUUUGGAAGAUAAGGAAUGGGUUGAUUACGAUGAGAAAGCGAAACUGUCGGUUUCUAUUUGUGAUGUUGAACACAGAUUUGUAAAGAUUUGAGUUGAUUUGAUUUGUUGUAUGGUAAUAGAAACAGCUACUGCCCAAAUGUUUGUUUUCAUGAAAUUAACAAAAAUGUGGCAGGAGAUAAUGAUAUGAAUAUAUAACUCGCAAAAUUUAAUUGUUUGUAUCGAGUUUCAGUGUUCAAAAUUGUUUUAAAUAAACAAAAUUUGUUACCA